AUGGGCCGAAAGAUAAUGGGCUGUGAACCCGUCGCAAAAUUCGAGAUACCCGGGAGUACUGACCCGAUCGGUGCCGAGUGCUGUAAGAUCACGGAAUAUCCCGUGGUCCGGACGGUCCUGGAUUGCGUGGAGGGAGCAAAACCCCUCAAGAGUGUCCGGAUGAUGGGUUGCUAUUUAGAACCCCGCACAGCCGAGGGGUACAUUAUGGACAAGAAAAUUCUCGAUUAUACCAACUCAGGAUCAAGGAGUCCGGGGCCAGCGGCUUACUGCGUGAAGACAACGAUUGGACCACGAGCGACUGAUCCAUCGAUCGAAAAAAAUCCCGCGUACUCGAUGCCAGGAAAGAAGUCCAAAUGUGUGUAUGUAUUCGGCCCGGGUCCGAUGUACAACCCGACUGGAGUGUACCGCGUGGGGCGUGAUCGGGUGCCGGGCGGCCCAUUCGGCUUGCGCCCACCCAACGGCGGGCCGGCUUGCGGGCCCAGCCCCGCCGAUUACUGCGUCAAGUCAUCGCUGUCGGCGGCCGGUCAUCGGAUCGGGCCGCGGCCUUGCCCGCCGAACAUCGCGCGACACUGCGGACCGGCACCGAACGCGUACUCGCCGUCGUGUCGGGACUGUGGGCUGAAAACGACGCUCGGGAAACGGCUUUAUCCGUUCAAGGUGUGCCCGACGCCCGGUCCCGGUCAGUACGAGAUACCGCCGGCCGACCUGUACAUGCCCGGCCGGUUCUCGUCCGGCAAGACGAUCGGACGACGGUUUGCCGACAAAUGCAAGCUCGAGAUGCCGGGUCCGGCCUCGUACGAUAGCAAGCGACCGAAAUGUUGCACCAGGUUUACGUUCGGCGCCAAGAUACCGGACACGGUGCCCGUGUUCAGCGUCACCGCCGACAAUCAACACUUUAAGUGCUGA